AUGGGUCGCAAUCAGGACACAGAGUGGCACCACUGGAAGCAAUUCCCGACCGCGAGUGGUGACAAAUUGAUGGUCGAGUGUUUGCACUGCGGGAACAAACAGCUUAAGAACGCGACUAAAUGUCGGGAACACAUCACCAAAUGCUUAAAGAGGUCCCAAGAAGUGAAACACGAGGUAAAAGAUGCCAACAAAUCAUCGGAUCCGUCGCUGCAAAACAUUUGGCUCGAGUAUAAACACGUGUCCGGAUCUGGUGUACGAUCUGUGGUCGAGUGUCUGCACUGCGGGAACAGACGGCUUAAGAACGUCACUAAAUGUCGACAACAUAUUGUCAAAUGUUUAAAGAAAGCGCAAGAAGUGAAUAAAGUUGUAAAAAGCAGUGAUGGAGAGCUCGUGGUCGCCGAUCAAGCAUUGGAUCCGCCGCCGCCUCUGUUGGACAACGGAAUGGUCUACAUUUGGCGCCAUUGGAAACACUUGUCGGGAUCUGUUGUGCGAUCAAUGGUUGAGUGUCUGCAGUGCGGGAACAGAAUGGUUAAGAACGCCACUAAAUGUCAACAACAUAUCGCCAAAUGCUUAAAGGGAUUCCAAGAAGUAAAACAAGCGGUAGAAGACGGCUGCGAUGUCGACGGCGUGAACGCCAAUAAACCGUCGGAUCCGCUGCCGGACAACAAUUGGCUUCUUUGGAAAGAUGUGUCGUCAGGCGUGCAGUCAGUGGUUGAGUGUCUGCACUGCGGGAACAGACAGAUGAAGAAUGCGACCAAAUGUCGGAAACAUACCUCAAAAUGCUUACUAACACUCAAUGUUAGGCACACAUUAGCCGCUAAGCGGCUGAUCACUAGUGAUGAGUGUGUUGAUCGUGGCGAAGGCCCUCCAGUUCAACAAUACAGGCCACGGGUUUUCAAAUCAGUUGAUAUCCACGACCUCUUGGAUGAGUUGAGUGAUGAGAAUAAAAGACUUUUAGACGAAUUAAAAUUCGCUCAAAAAUACAUUGAAUUUAUGCAAAACUAUAGAAAAUGUCUAUUAGUUUAUAAGCGAAAGUGUGUUUGCGUUCAAACCAUUGACAAUAAGCCGAUUGUCCAGCGAUUGGAGAGCAGUUAUGAAGACAUUAAGACACAAAUACAAAGAAUGCGAACUCAAAGUAUCGACGAUUAUAGGGAUAGUGAAGAGGAAUCAGUGGCUAAACGCAAGCAAAACAAAGCAUUGAUUGCAUUCAACAACACAUUUAAUCGGAGCGUCAUUUUGGCGAACAGUCAAAUGGUGGCCACCGAUGACGACCGGUCUUCAGUUGGCGGGGAUUUCGGUGAUAAUGACAAUCCCAGCGAUGAUUCUUAUCAGGACUUUGAGCCCGAAAUCAAGAAGAAGUCGGUCUCUCGAGAGCAUACAAACGAAGAGUCGUUUAAAUGUCAAGUAUGUGACCGAAUAUAUACCGAUCGACAGUAUUUUCGGGAACAUCUGGCCAUUCAUGCCGUCAAACAGGAGACCACUCUCGACGGCGACAAUCAAUCCAAUCCGAGUGUUGGGUUGAUUGACUACAGGCGAGUCGACGGUCGGUUACGAUGCCAAUGGCGUGAUUGCGACAUGACUUUCCCGAAGCCCUUCCAAAUGUGGCAACACUACCGACGCAAACACACAACCAUUAGGCCAUACAAGUGUCCGCACUGUCCGAAGGCAGUGGCGUUUCGCAAAGAUUUGAAACAACAUUCAAAUUUUUGCACGAAAUCCUCCGAUAGAGGGGAUGCCGACCGCCGACUGAACUAUGAUACAGCGGAUGACAGCCACGAGUGUUAUAUAUUUGAUUGCCAGCGAGUGUUUGCCGAUAAGCCAUCGCUGGCCAGACAUACGAUCGAAGACCACAAAUACACGAACAAUAAGUCAUUUGCGUGCGAUUGGCCGGAGUGUGGCCUCGCGUUUAGGCAAUACCGCGCUCUAGAAAUACACCGAAACAGAGACCAUAUAAAUGCCACGUCUCACGUGUGCCGCCAAUGCGGGGCCACUUUCCCGACGGAUCUUAAUCUCAAAGCACACCAAAAGAGAUGCGUUGAGUUGCGACUGAAGAACAGGAAACGCAAAGCUGUAGUGGAGGACACGGAUGACGACCACGACUCGCCUUCAGCCGCUCAGAAACGGCGAACGGGCGGUGAACUUGUAUUUUGCUGCCAAUACCCGGACUGCGGCCACGAGUGCGACACACAGUCACAGCUAAAGAACCACAUCAACGACUCUCACUGCCCAUCACUCCCACUACUUAAACCUCAGGCCAUCAUUCACUAUCAGUAUGGCUGCGAGUGGACGGACUGUCAGCGGCGGUUCAGACGUAUAGGCGAACUCCAAGGCCACUACCGGACUGACCAUAACUGCAAAAAGCCGUUCAAAUGUCACAAAUGCGACAAACAUUUCCCGAAACGACACGCAUUACUGCGACAC